CACACUUGAUGUCUGCGUGGUCGAUCUAGUUGUGUUUGAUUCUCCACUGCACGCCACUUAGUUUUUCCUCGUUCCUUGCAUCUGCAAUAUAGAUUCAUCUGCUGUGCUUGCAAUUUAUUUUUGCGAUUUAUACUCUGCAAUGCCAGUGUACAAAUUAAAUGUUAAGUGGCAGAAAGAACGGUUUAAGGAUGUUGAAUGCGACACUGAUGAGCACCCAGAGAAGUUUAAAGCUGUCCUUUUUUCGUUAACGGGGGUUCCUCCUGAACGUCAGAAGGUGAUGAUGCCUGGAAAGAUUCUUGGCGACUCCAAUUUUGAUGGUAUUAAACUCAAAGAUGGUGCAACUAUUAUGUUAAUGGGAACCGCUAACGAGCCGUUAAUGGAGCGGAUAGAGCCCGCUGAAUUGAAUGCCGAUAACUUGCAACACACCGAAAAACAAGAAUUGAAGCUUCCGUUUGGGCUAGUCAACUUGGGCAACACCUGUUAUGCAAAUGCUGCUGUGCAGCUGCUCUACGCUGUUCCUGAACUCCGGGCAAUCGUGAUCGCGU